ACUCGCUUUACUUUGCAGCGUUGUGGUCUGAAGUUCUUCAUUGCAGCAGCAGUGCCUCAAGGAAAGUGAGGAGCCCGUAGACACAGGGCAAAUUAAAAAGACUCCCCGUCCUCUCAUUGUAUUCUGGGAGCUGACAUGGCCAAAGGGAAGAAAAGUGUGCUGAAAACCGACAAAAAGCUCGAGGACCCUGUUGAACAAAAAGUGGCCUCACGGAAGGAGACAAAGGAAAACCAACCUGCAAAUAACAAGGAUUGCGUAGGUACAGUGCCGUCAAUUUUACAAAGUCUACAGAGUCCAAGGAAACCUAGAUCCCCUCUGAGCGACAAUUCAAGCAUGCUGAUCCAGGAGGGGAAUGAGUCUGAUGCAACUAAUGCAGAAACGUCAAAAUUAAAAAAAGACAAACCAAAUGAAAUAAAAUCUGAGAGUUGUGAGUCCAAGGAGCAGAAGCCUGAAAUGGUUUGUCACAGUCAUGGGAUCAGAAAACAAUCCACCGACCAACCUGAGCAAAAAGAGUCAACCACGCACACAAGUGCAAAGUCUGCAGCAGACCACAAAGUUUCAGCCAAACCUCAGAGUAGAACCCGUCGGAAACACGGAGCAAAAAAGACGGAGAAUAAAGCUCCUCAAAACAGAAAGGUCACAGACUAUUAUCCCAUCAGACGAAGUAACAGAAAAACAAAGACAGAGUUAAAGAGUGAAGAACACAGACACAUUGAUGACCUGAUAAAGAAUGACAUUGAAGAAGGACUGCAGAUCAAAAACAUAGAAGGAAAAGGAAGAGGGAUAUUUGCUGCCAAGAUCUUCAAAAAGGGAGAGUUUGUUGUGGAGUACCAUGGAGACCUACUGGAACUAGCUGAGGCUAAAAAAAGGGAGGCCCAGUACACCCAGGAUCCACAAAAAGGCUGUUACAUGUAUUACUUCCAGUAUCAAUCCAAAACGUACUGCGUGGAUGCUACAGAGGAAACGAGCCGUCUCGGGAGACUGAUCAACCACAGUAAAGCUGGAAACUGUCAGACUAGACUUCACGCCAUCGAUGGAUCCCCUCAUCUCAUCCUGGUGGCCUCCAGAGACAUCAAAGCAGAAGAAGAGCUGCUGUAUGACUACGGUGAUCGGAGUAAAGCCUCCGUAUCGGCUCACCCUUGGCUCAAAUACUGAAUCCACAACCACACGUGUUCAUAUUUUAGAUGAAUUGGUACUCUCUUCUGUCCUGUUCAGCUUAAUGUAAAAGAAGCUAGCGAUGAACAGUCCUCAACAGGCUUUUUUUUUUUAUGAAGUAUAAAAACUGUUUUAGCUUUAAACGAGGGCGAGCAACUCGUGAGGGUAUUUUUGGA